AUGUUCUUCCUCAAGCAGCUCUCGCGCGACCUGCUGCUUCAUCCGAUGCACUUCGGACCGAAACUGCACGAUAUCAUCCGUCUGCGCCUCAUCGAAGAGGUUGAAGGUACUUCGAUGGGGAAAUACGGCUACGUCAUUACAGUCACGGAAGUGCGCGACGAAGACAUUGGCAAAGGCGUGAUCCAGGACAACUCGGGCUUUGUGUGCUUCAAUAUCCGCUACCGGGCCAUUCUCUUCCGCCCCUUCAAGAACCAAGUGCUGGAUGCCGUGGUGACAGUCGUGAACCAGCUUGGGUUCUUUGCAGAUGUGGGUCCGUUGCAAGUGUUUGUGUCGCGACACGCGAUGCCCACGGACCUGAACAAUGGCUACGACCAUGAGAGCAACGCGUGGAUCUCGGAUGACCGGGAGGUGGAGAUCCGAAAAGGAUGUGGCGUGAGGCUCAAGAUCAUGGGCGUGAGCGUCGACGUGACAGAGAUUAACGCCAUCGGCACCAUAAAGGACGACUAUUUAGGCCUCAUCUCGUCCGACAAUUAA